CCCUCCCCGCCCCGUCCCUCCCCCGACGGCCGCCCCGGCUCCGCGCUCCGUGCCGGGGCCGUGUUCGGCGAGACGCUGCCUCCGCUCUGCGCCGCAGGAUGGACCUCCCUAUCCCUGCUGAUCCCGCUGCCCUCCCCAAGCACAUCUUGGACAUCUGGGUCAUCGUUCUUAUCAUCCUGGCCACCAUCCUUGUCAUGACAGCCCUGUUGCUGUGCCCAGCCACAGCUGUCAUCAUCUACCGGGUACGGACUCACCCCACACGCAAUGGCAUUGUGUGAGGAAGAUCAGCAGGACUCCCACCAUGGGGCACCCAGAGAGUGGGGAGAGGAUGGGGCUGGAGUGGGAGUGAACCACCGUGCUGCUGGGGAGCACAGCAGGAUCCGGUUGUGUGGCAUUGAGGACAUGGAGGUGAUGCCCAGCUGGAAGUGACUUGUUCUUGUAAGAUAGCUUGCCUGUGCCAUCUUGCAGCCAUGUUAUCCCAUUGGGACUCUCCCAGUACCAGCAGCAAGGCAGCAAGGACCGUAAAUGCCUGGCAUAGUUAUUUCUCCAGCUGCUGGGGUGAUUGGAAAAGAAGAGUCAAAGCCAGAUGACGGAUGUGGCUUCUGGUUGUGCCUCCGUACUGCUGAAAGCAUUGCUGCAGGAGCCCAUCCCAGCAGGAAUGCAGCUGGCACCAGUGGUUCCAUGUGUCAGAUAUCAACUGGAAUUGCAGGAAACCCUGCAGGGUUCAGAUCCUAUGGGUCCAGUGGGACAGAGGAGUGUGGGAAGCUUCUGCCUCUGCCUGCAUGAUGUUGGAGCUGCAUCCCUUUCCCCGUGCCUUCCUAUCAAACAGGCAGCAGAGGGUUCCCCCACAGGUACUGCCAGACCAAAUAAGCUAAUAGAAAAUAAAAUGACUGUAUUCUAUUUUGUCUGUAUGUCUGUCUGUGUGUCGUGCAGCUCUGUCCAUGUGGUUGGUGUCAUCAGGGCACAGCGCUUUGUCACAGCUUCCCAAACCCUUGCCCAUCCACAAGCCCACUGGCACAGCCUCAUGCUGCAGUGCAGCCCCUGCACUAGGUGCGAUGUAGGUCCAGGGCUGCUGUGUGUGGGUCAGAAGCCCUGUGGCCAGACCAGCAUCCUGGCAUGACUCAACAUGAGAAUGUACGUAAGCAGUGAGCUGAAUCAGGCUGGGAUGUGGGAAUGGUUGCUUAAACGCUGUGUUCACCGCUGCAGAGGUACAUCCUCUCAUUUUGGGCAGGGUUUGCUUUGGGGUCAGGGGAAAGCACAGAUCCCAGGGAGCAAGGAGAUGUUCUGCUUUCGAGCUGUUGUAUUGCUCUCCCCUCUCAAGUCGCCGAACUGAGCAGAGAACCAGAUUUCUUCCUCCUUUGUUCCUCUUCCCUCCCUCUCUUGCUGGCACUCACAGUGUGCAGCUGGUGGUGGUCACGGUGCUGAGGCUCAGAGCAGCCCCUGCCUUGCUUUCCCCCAUCCCACCCCACUGCCAGCAGCUGCUGCCUGGGACAUGCGUGGUGUGUGGAGCAGAGCAGUAUAACAGGAGGUGGACAGGCACAGAGCCGCAGCUGUGUUAGUGGUUUGAGGAGGAAGCCUGGCUUGAGGUAAGAGAGCAAAAACCAGCUGUUCCCACCUCCCUGAGUGCUUUUCUCCUGGGCCAGGGGUGCACGAGGGAUUUCCUUUUGCGGCGGCGGAGAUUUCUGGGAAGAUUUGAUCCUAUUGCAAACAUUUCCAGGAAAGGCAUUGUGGAGCAUUGCAAAGAAGGCUUUGUGAGCAGAGCCCGGAGCCACGUGAAGCAACAUGGCAGCAGAAGGGAGAGCGGGGGGGAGCAGGGGCGCUUCCAGAGCAUGACAAGGGGGGAUUGCACACCUGCAACAAAAGUUCAGAGGUUGUGCUGGGAUUAAUGUUUUUCCACGGCCGUGUGCUGGCUCCCGGGAUGUAGCAGAGGUGCAUGGGUUCCCUGUCCCUUGCUGUGGCCUCUACAGCCUCUGAUGUGCAGAAGGGAUGAGCGGUACUGGAGGAGAAGGGUAUGGAGGCAAUGGGUGUGGAGCCCCUGGUGCUGACCCAAAGCCAUACAGGGUUGGAUGAUGCUGUCCCACUGCAGCACCGGAGGUGGUGGUAGCAGGGAUGAGACUGGAAGCACUGCUGGCCGUCUAUCCCCAGCCCCUGCCAAACAUCUGCAGCAGGCGGGGCUGGCUCCAGCAGAAAAACACCCAAGGAGGGAAGCUGCUGGGCGGCCAGCCUAUCCCACACUCCCCUUGUUGGGGUGGGGGAUGCUGCUCCAGCCUCGGCACGGAUUUGAGGUGACACAGGCAGGAUCCUCACUCAGCCAUGGGGGUAGGGAUCCAUCGACCACAGCUUGCUGAACCCUUCCCUGUGCUUCAGUGCUCUCCCCAGGGAGGCUGGCCUGGC